GCCAACAUGGGUUUCAUUUCUCAUAAACUCCCAAUCGACAUGAUUUGUGUGGUUAGUCUUCUGUUCAUUAUGAGUUUAACCCUUAACAUGGUUAGUAGUAGUGAAGUGGUUUAUGAUGAUCAUCCAGGAGAAUUUGAUGAUGAUGUUGAUUUCGAUGAGAUACACACUGUUGGAUCUUCCCCAUCCCCGGGUUCGAGUCCUGCUCCAGCUCCAGGUCCGAGUUCUCAUCUCCCACCCAGAAGUCUAGUGGCUGUUCAAGGCGUUGUUUACUGUAAGCCAUGCAAAUAUCAUGGUAUUGCUACUCUUUUGGGUGCCACACCACUGCCUGGUGCGAUUGUGAGGUUGGCAUGUAACAACAGCAGGUAUACUAUAAGAGAAGAAACGAAAACAGACAAGAACGGUUAUUUCUUUCUACAAGCAUCAAAGAGGAUUACUACCUAUGGAGUACAUAAAUGCAAGAUGUUCCUAGUAUCAUCACCAGUGAAUACAUGCAACAAACCAACUGAUCUACAUUUUGGGUUAAGUGGUUCCAACUUGAUCAUGGAAAGGAAACAACCUCCUUCACUCACUGCAUCACCAGUUCCUUAUACACUAUACAGUACUCGGGGUCCUUUUGCUUUUGAUCCAACCUCUUGUCCCCAAACUUGAUUUUACAAUUCAUCAUCAACAGUAUUCACUAGCUACCUGGUUGUUUAGAUCUUAUUUAUGUACUCGUAUUUUAUUUGUGUGUAAGUGUAUGUGUGCGCUUUGU